AUUGAAAGAAAUUAAAAAAAACAAAGAGAAAAUUGUUGAAAUUUAAAAGUGAAAAAGAUGAGAAGAGAGCCUAACCGCCAACUUGUACGGGUGGAUGGGAGCAAAUGAGGAUAUCCAAAUGCCGCCUCUUCUCAGCCUCUCGUCCGCCGUCUCAGCCCUCGCUAUCUCCGCCCCAAGCCGCGUCGGAGUCCACAAGCCGACCUAUGCAUCUUCUCACGUUUCUCAGGACGCCUCGCCGUCCAACCAGACCUCUCCAUCCGGCGUAAAGAAAACCGGCGUCAUUGUGAUCGGCGGCGGACUGGCUGGCUUAGCUGCCGCAACUUGCCUCCGAGCUGAGAACGUCCCUUUCGUCCUGCUUGAAGCCUCCGACGCCGUUGGCGGCCGCGUCCGCUCCGACGUCGUCGACGGUUUCAUCCUCGAUCGCGGGUUCCAGAGGGGCAGUGGUUGGGGCAUGGAGGUAUUUGAGAUUGUACCGGGUCGGGUUUGCCCAACCCAACCAAACCCCGCCGACGAAUUUGAUGAAGAACCCAAGGGUGAGAUCAGGCCUGUACUUGUGUGGUGAUUUGGUGACUAGUGCUACCUUUGAUGGUGCUUUGGCCUCUGGAAGGAAAACUGUGGAAGCUUUGUUGAAUGAAAGAUAGGCCUUUGU